AUGCUCUGCCUCAUGCUCUGCCUCAUGCUCUGCCUCAUGCUCUGCCCCACGCUCUGCCUCAUGCUCUGCCUCAUGCUCUGCCUCGUGCUCUGCCCCACGCUCUGCCUCAUGCUCUGCCUCAUGCUCUGCCUCAUGCUCUGCCUCAUGCUCUGCCUCAUGCUCUGCCUCAUGGUCUGCCUCAUGCUCUGCCUCAUGCUCUGCCUCAUGCUCUGCCCCACGCUCUGCCUCAUGCUCUGCCUCAUGCUCUGCCUAAUGCUCUGCCUCAUGCUCUGCCUCAUGCUCUGCCCCACGCUCUGCCUCAUGCUCUGCCUCAUGCUCUGCCUCAUGCUCUGCCCCACGCUCUGCCUCAUGCUCUGCCUCAUGCUCUGCCUCAUGCUCUGCCUCAUGCUCUGCCUCAUGCACUGCCUCAUGCUCUGCCUCAUGCUCUGCCUCAUGCUCUGCCUCAUGCUCUGCCUCAUGCUCUGCCUCAUGCUCUCCCUCAUGCUCUGCCUCAUGCUCUGCCCCACGCUCUGCCUCAUGCUCUGCCUCAUGCUCUGCCUCAUGCUCUGCCUCAUGCUCUGCCUCAUGCUCUGCCUCAUGCUCUGCCUCAUGCUCUGCCUCAUGCUCUGCCUCAUGCUCUGCCCCACGCUCUGCCUCAUGCUCUGCCUCAUUCUCUGCCUCAUGCUCUGCCUCAUGCUCUGCCUCAUGCUCUGCCUCAUGCUCUGCCUCAUGCUCUGCCUCAUGCUCUGCCUCAUGCUCUGCCUCAUGCUCUGCCUCAUGCUCUGCCUCAUGCUCUGCCUCAUGCUCUGCCUCAUGCUCUGCCUCAUGCUCUGCCUCAUGCUCUUCCUCAUGCUCUGCCUCAUGCUCUGCCUCAUGCUCUGCCUCAUGCUCUGCCUCAUGCUCUGCCUCAUGCUCUGCCUCAUGCUCUGCCUCAUGCUCUGCCUCAUGCUCUGCCUCAUGCUCUGCCUCAUGCUCUGCCACGCUCUGCCUCAUGCUCUGCCUCAUGCUCUGCCUCAUGCUCUGCCUCAUGCUCUGCCUCAUGCUCUGCCUCAUGCUCUGCCUCAUGCUCUGCCUCAUGCUCUGCCUCAUGCUCUGCCUCAUGCUCUUCCUCAUGCUCUGCCUCAUGCUCUGCCUCAUGCUCUGCCUCAUGCUCUGCCUCAUGCUCUGCCUCAUGCUCUGCCUCAUGCUCUGCCUCAUGCUCUGCCUCAUGCUCUGCCUCAUGCUCUGCCUCAUGCUCUGCCUCAUGCUCUGCCUCAUGCUCUGCCUCAUGCUCUGCCUCAUGCUCUGCCCCACGCUCUGCCUCAUGCUCUGCCUCAUGCUCUGCCUCAUGCUCUGCCUCAUGCUCUGCCUCAUGCUCUGCCUCAUGCUCUGCCCCACGCUCUGCCUCAUGCUCUGCCUCAUGCUCUGCCUCAUGCUCUGCCUCAUGCUCUGCCUCAUGCUCUGCCCCACGCUCUGCCUCAUGCUCUUCCUCAUGCUCUGCCUCAUGCUCUGCCUCAUGCUCUGCCUCAUGCUCUGCCUCAUGCUCUGCCUCAUGCUCUGCCUCAUGCUCUGCCUCAUGCUCUUCCUCAUGCUCUGCCUCAUGCUCUGCCUCAUGCUCUGCCUCAUGCUCUGCCUCAUGCUCUGCCUCAUGCUCUGCCUCAUGCUCUGCCUCAUGCUCUGCCUCAUGCUCUGCCUCAUGCUCUGCCUCAUGCUCUGCCUCAUGCUCUGCCUCAUGCUCUGCCUCAUGCUCUGCCUCAUGCUCUGCCUCAUGCUCUGCCUCAUGCUCUGCCUCAUGCUCUGCCUCAUGCUCUGCCUCAUGCUCUGUCUCAUGCUCUGCCCCACGCUCUGCCUCCUGCUCUGCCUCCUGGAAACCCUGUCCCUCUCUCGCCCCUAUCGCCUUGUUUCCAUGGCUGGGAUGGUGCUGCUGCUCGCCCUCCCCAUCUCCGGUAUGCUGCUGCUCCCGCCCCCUCUCGCCUCUUCCUUGACACGGUAGGGAGCCCGCUUAAGGCCACCUCCUUUACAAGCACACCCGCCUCUCACAGCAGUGUGGGGCGGGCGAGCGAGUGGGAGGGCAGUCCGAGGGAGCGUGGGGCAGCAGCACUGAUGCAGGGCGGCACUGGCAGCAGCACUGGCGGCAGCAGCAGUGCGGCAGGCAGUGGUGUGGGAGGCGAUGUGGAGGGGAGUAGCGGUGGUGUGGAUGGGUGCGGUGGGGAGGGCGGGAGGGAGGGGAAGAGCCUGGAGGGGGAUGGGAGGAGCAGCCAUGCGUGGGGGGUGGAGGCGGGGAGGGGGCAGCGAGGCAGUGCUGUGCGCGUGGGUAUGGAUCACACGCUGCUGCAGGCUGCUGUCACUCCUGAGUACUGCAAAGUGUUCCCUCCCGUUUCCCCCCAUUGCCUCUUCCCUCGUUCUGCCCCUCUAUGCUUUCCUUGUCGUUUCUUCCUUUCUUCUUCCCCCCUCAACUCAACCCUCCUUUUCCUCUCAAAACCCCCCUCCUGCCACUCCCGUUCCCCUUCCCACAACCUGCUGUUGUUUGCCAAACUAUGUGGCUCUUGUUCUUCGCCAUGGGCUGUGGCACAGGGUCAGGGCUCACAGCCAUCAAUAACCUGGCGCAGUCCUCGUUCGUGCAGCACUAGUCGGCCUUCCUCCCUGCUCCUUUCCGCUGCCAACCAACAGACCUCCUCGCCGCAGGUCCAGGCGCCUUGCGUGGUCUCACCAGCGCUCGAGGUGAUUCACCACAUGCACUGCAUGCAACCCCCUCAUUCCUUCUCCCCUAUCUCCGCCUCCCUGCUUCCACCUGUCCUCCCCUUCUCCCCCUCACCUCUUCCGCCCCUUUCCCCCUUCCGCCCGUUCCCCCCAUUCUCCCCCUUCCCUCUUCCGCCCCUUCCCCCUUUCUCCCCCUUCAGGUACGUGUCAGAGCAGUGUUUAAAGCGCUGCAGCACGCCGAGCCCUCUUUGCAUGCUGCUCUUGACACUAUGCCCUUCUUCCGGUAGCCCUACCCUUCCCCCUCCCCCCUUCCCCCUCCCCCCCUUCCCCCUCCCCCCUUCCCCCUCCCCCCUUCCCCAUCCCCCUUUCCUCCUCCCCUCUUCCCCCUCCCCCUUUCCCCCUCCCCCUUUCCCCCUCCCCUCCCCCCCCUCCCGUCCCCCCCCCAGCUACGUGUCGGAGCAGUGUUUGAAGCGCUGGAGCACGCCGCGCCCGCUCUGCAUGCUGCUCGUGCAGGCCGCCAUGGGGUGUGCUCACCUGCUCUUCAGCAUAGGCGACCCACUGUUCCUCUACCCGGCAGCAGCGCUGGUGGGGGCGGCACAUGGGGCGCACUGGACGCUCAUGUUUGUUUGCAUGUGUGUGUCCAAUCCUCAACCUCCUUCCCCUCCUUCCCUUCCCUACCCUACUUCCCCCCUUUCCCCACCUCUCCCCCAUUUCCCCCCUGCCCCUCUUUCCCUGCUUCCCAUCCCCUUCCUCCCUUCCUUCCUCUUCCCCCCUACCAGCAUAUCAUCCACAGUAGGCUCCUACUGCCUCUCUGUCAAGCUCGCCGGCUACAUCUACGACCGUCAAUCCGCGAUCCAACGGUCAGCCUUCCUCCACCUGCAAGGCCUCUCCUCCGCCUCCCCCUCCCUCUCUCCACCCUCAAUCGCAGCCAUUGCAAACUGGGGCACAGAGGCAGCAGCAGCAGCGGGGCAAGGAGGGGUAGCGGAGGCACAGCUAGUGCUACCAGAGGCAUCAGAGCUGCCCCACCGGUGCAUGGGCCCAGACUGCUUCCGCCUCACCUUCCUCGUGAUGGCCCUCGUGUGCGUCGCUGGCAUAUGCGCUCUUCUGAACCUCGUGGCACGUACAAGACGGCUGUACCAGGUGAGGGGUGGGGGGUGA